AUGUCAAACGGAGCGGUGGGGAAGCAGGAUGGGGCUGCUGGGGAGGUCAAACUGACAGAAACUCCGGGCAAGGUUCCUGUCUCGCAGCUAAAACUGCCCGAAGAUGUCCUCCGCGAGCUUGACAUCGAUCACGACGGGCAGGUGCAUGUUUCCGAGAUUGUUGCCUAUGUGAACAGGACGAAGCGUUUGCAGACGAACUACUCGUAUGUGAGGAUCAGCCUUGUCCUGACGCUGAUCGCUUUUGUUCUUUUUCUUCUGACCUGUCUCGGUGCAACCGUGCUUGGCAUCCAACUCACCAGAGAGAUUACCAUCUCUGGUGGAGGUCUGGUAUCCACUCAGUGCACCGGUGGUCUUGAUGGGGAGUACUGUGGCAAACCGUUAGCUACGAGCCCCACAAAACGCCAAUCUCGCAAUCUCACCUCGACGUUGCCAGAAGUUGCCUAUGAGGAGUUGAAAUCUGUGACGCUCAACCUUCCGCACCAGAACGGUGACACCGUCAAGGUGAUUCUGGAUGUGCUGGGCUUCCAGCGCCGCUUUGUGACGACAAGCAGAUGCGGAAGUGUGGUUGAUCUGGAGACUGUUCAUGGCGAUCUGACGGUGGACGAUGCGGAGGUCUCCGUCACAAGCGAGUUCGUGCAGAAGAUGAACGCCAGAGGAUUUAAGCUUCAGAUGGGCACGGGCCUGGGAGUGUCAUUGGACGGCGCCAGAAGGUUGAGUGUGGGCAUGGACAUCGCCGGCAUGUUCAACUUCAUUGAGGAGUACAACUAUACAUGUGAGAGCCAGAGAAAGCCGUUGCAGGCCCUUGAGCCUCCCUUCGCUUUCACCCUUGACACCUAUCAGCGGUGCUACCAAUCUGCCUGCUAUUCGCAAGUCUUCGAAAGGUUGAAUGCCACAGGUCAGCGGGUGAAUCUUCCAGGGCUCACGCUCGACCCCUACUACCACGACACCGGUGUCACCGGAAAAUACAUCAAGGCCACUGAGAAGCUUUACUCGAUGGCACGUGAGAAAGUAAUAUCAGUUCAAGAGUGGCCGAAUUACCCCAUGAUGGCUCUCCAUACACAACGAGACUUCACGACGGGCAUGUUUAUGCAGAAGCAGGUGUUCAACAGCACCCAUGCCACUUCCUGUGGCCAGCGCGAGCUGAACGAAGACGAGACCGUCAUGGGCAACUUUGCAGACUUCAUCAUCUCCGCGGUAGGAACAACCUCGUACGCCAGCGAACCGGAUCGCAUAUUCAACCGGUACAUCCUCUACCACAAAGACUACCCCGAGAACACGGAGGCCCAUGUGGAGUUCUGGGAGGACCGCGCCACUGGUGUGCCACAUAAGUACUUCCUGCCGAAUGUUGAAGACAGCCCUCGGGCAUACUUCACAAGCUUCCGGAGCAACUUCAGUCAAGAAGAGUUUGAUGAGAUGGAACGAGGCAGAUUGACCCUUCAGAUGGACGAUGAUGAUCAUGCUCCAGCAACCGAGAACAUUACAACCCUGGAGUUCUACCGCUCCCUGAACCAUGCCUGCACGGCCGAAAGCUGCACUCUCAACUUCCCCGCAGGAAGUGAAAGCUACUGGGAUCUCGUUCUUGAAACUCCAGACUUGGAGAGGCAGGAGGAGAAUAGCACCUGGCAAGAGGAAUCUCUCUUCAACGACACAGCCGAAUUCAAUCUGUCGGAAGCGGACCUUGCCGUGCCGCUGAAUACUGACAACUCCAGUCAGCGCAGGCUGAACACACUCAAGUAUGUGACCGCAAAGUCCAUUCAGAGAGACUUUGGAAUCGGCAGCACUGGUUUCAGCUACGACUUUGAAGCAGGAAAUGUCUAUCUGUCAGAGGUCCCACUUGGGGUAUUUGUGAGUUUUUCGUCUUCUGGCCGUGGCAGCUUCAGCGCAGCAGCAUCUGUGGCCGGGGUGACGGCGACAGUUACUUUAAAGUGCGGUGGUGAAGCCAGUGGCUGGCGGUUGCAAAGCUGGAGUCCAUUGAUGCAAUCCCAAUCGUCUUACAGCGGCAAGCUCACCUUAUCCUUGAGUGGUUCCGUGUUCGUAAUCGUCGGUUCAGCACGCGUGACCAUUGCAGGCGUCCCGAAGCAAGAACUCGCCCAUAAGGUCGUCGUGACAAUAGGAACCAUCAGGGGCACGAUUGACCUGACCAUCCUGGGCGGGUUAUUCUCAGGCUCGACCUCUGCCAGCCUCACGGCCAGUGUCUACAAUCUUGGGCCAACCUUGUCUGAAGGUGACAGGGCGGACGACCAGAUUGAGGUGAAGGGAUCUACCACAGUUACGGCGUCAGUCUUCUGGAUUUUCAAGACUCGGUUCCACGUGGAUCUCACCUUCGUGCGCAGGCAGAACAUUUGGGAUGCGGAUCCAGCAAAGUUGUCCGGUCAGUCAUCCUUCCUUCAGGGCUGUAGGGAGGUGUACAAGGAUCGAAAGGAGUGCUGGUCUCAAUCUUGCAGAAUCAGCGGCUGGAAAGCCAUGGAUGAGUCCCAGUCUCUGAGUUCCUCAACAAACAGUGACUACUUCGGCAUAGGUGACGUAUACUAUUACAGCAAGUCGGAUGGACCAACUGUGUUUCGAUCAUACACGAGAUCUGGCUAUGAUCACAUGCCCAUCGAGUACAGUGGACGCCGCCGCAGACGGAGGAGGCAACACACUCGCCGACGAAUUGGCAAUCGAGCCAUGGUCAUUGGGGAUUCGAACGAGAAGGAGCUCCAGCUAAUCUUCUACUGGUGCUGUCAAGCCACGUUCCGAAAUGCCCCGAGCACUGAAGCACCUGUUGAGAAGUCCGAGCAGGAAGGCAUCUACUUAAAGCGGGUUGCGGAUUUCUUGCCCCAGCGAAAGGUGGGGAUGACAGGGAACCCGAAGGCUCCAGAUGGAAUCGCCGCUUCCUGGCUGGCUAUGCUGAGUGGACGCUUCCUGGUCUUGAACGAUCAAAUCGUCACCGAGGAUAAGGGCGUGUCCACCGCAGCCAGAGACAACUUGGUCAAUGAAUGCACCAACAUGGGUCUAAUCAGUGCCCUAAUGGGGACAAUUGUGAUACCCAUGGCCUUUGAGAACGUGGACGAUUGGUUGCAGGAGGACUUUGCUGGAAGCGGCUUUGCCUUUCAGGAGAGUUGGAUCGGGCAGCAGCUGAGCGAAAGUACCUUGCAAGAGGUAGCGCAAGGUCUACACGACAUGAGCCUUAUUUGCUAUUUCGGGGGCGCUGUUGGCUACCUCUGUUCGACCAUCGCUACGGUUGUUCUCUUGUUGUGCAUCGGGGAGAUCGAAUCGGAUGCCGGAUCCGUUGAGUUUCUACGGCGCGUGGGGGGUGCCACUCGCGUCCCGUAUCUGUUCUGGUGGAAUGGCGGUCUCUUCGUCUUCCCCGUUGUGGUGCGAUAUUUGUGCGUCGUCAAGACCCUUGGCGGACUUAUCGUUCUUAUCCUUAGCAUCGUGGUACCUGCGGCCUUGAUCUUGCUUGCCCUAAACCACUAUGUGCGUUGUUGCAUGACGACGCACAACUGCAUCAACGAGUUCGAGGAUUUGCAUCUAUCACCGAGUGAAGCGGAGGAGGAUGUGAACACCUGGUUCCAGCACAGCCAGGGAGGGGGCUUACAGGAUUGCUUGCAGGAUAUGGCACUCCGGCAUGGAAAGCUCGUCGUCUGCUUGGAUCGGAUUUCUCAGCAGCAUGUGGCGAUGUACUACCACAAGAAGCAGGCUGAAAAUGUUGGAAUUCCGCUCUCGCCAGCCGAGCUCUACCGACUUUCAUACGUAAGUGAGUAG